UGGGGUGGCGGGGAGUGGGGUGGAUCACCCUGCGGGUGCGGCCCGUGUCCUGUCCAUCCCAUCGUCAUCCAGCUGUUCGGUACGCAGGAUCUCCGCAAUCAGGCCCAACACAUCUUGCUCCUUGAACACGCAUCUAUAUCCUCCAGUACCUAUAGGCGAUGGCCACAAGGUAAAAUUUGA